AUGGCGGAAGAAAAAUCAGCUCCGCCGAAAGAAGGAGAGAGGGGCCGCGCGCAGGUGGGGGCGAACGUGCAGGGAGAAGCGCUUCCGCAGGGGGAAGCGCGCGCACAGGGGGAACCCGUGGGAAAGGGGGAAGCUGGGGGAGCGGAGCUGAUGGACACCAGCGCUGCGCCGAAGCAGGGGCUGUCUUUCCUGCUUUCGUCAGCGGAGCUUAUCAGCCAAGGCGCGGAAGCGAGAGUGUUCGCAGCAACGUUCUGCAGGCGGCCAGCGAUACUGAAGCAGCGCUUUGAGAAGAAGUACCGCCACCCCACGCUCGACGCCCGACUCACCUCCAAACGCCUGCACACUGAGGCAAGGAACAUGGUGCGGGCGGCGAAGCUGGGAGUGGCGGUGCCGGAGGCGAGGAACAUGGUGCGGGCGGCGAAGCUGGGAGUGGCGGUGCCGGUGCUGUAUGGAGUGGAGGAGGGGGAGCGGUGCAUCGUGAUGCAACGAGUGGAUGGGCGCAGCAUCAGGGACCUCCUCCUCUCCCUCACGCACCACUCUCCCACUGCUGCUGCUUCUGCUGCUCUUGCUCAAACCAGCGCAGACCCACCUGUCAGUACAGGCACAGCAACAAGUGAGGAUAGGGCACGGGGAGGGGGGCUACACCCGCGGGUGGCAGAGGUGGCUGCGUGGAUGGGCGAGGCGAUAGCAAAGCUGCAUGACGGGGGCAUGGUGCAUGGCGACCUCACCACCUCCGACAUGCUGCUCUCUCCCCUCCCUGCUGCUGGAUACGUGGCUUCACCAAAAGCAGCCGCAACCUCAGCAGCAGCAGUGCCACCCGAAAGAGCAGCAGGGGCAACGGGGGAGGCAGCAGGGGCAGCGGCGGCGGCAGCGGGGGCAGUGGUGCCAGUAGGGGCAGGGAGGGAGCGCGUGGUGGUGAUAGACUUUGGGCUGAGUUUCAACUCCACCAUUGCGGAGGACAAGGCUGUGGAUCUCUAUGUGCUCGAGCGGGCACUCAUCUCGUUGCACUCCAGCAACGGGGAUAUUAUCGUGGAUCCGGUCCAGGCAUCGUACGGUGUGGAGCGGCCGCUGUAUGCGGUGGUACAGCUGGCACAGACGACCAUGCGCAGCGAGCUGGGGAAAAUCACCCUUGACAACACAUUUGAGGAGCGGGAUAUCCUCAACACCAAUAUAGUGGUGCGUGCUGUAGGGGUUGGUGGCUGUGUGGCUGUAGGGGUUGGUGGCUGUGUGGCUGUAGGGGUUGGUGGCUGCAGCGAGCUGGGAACGAUCACCCUUGGUAGCACGUUCGAGGAGCGGGAUAUUCUCAGCACCAACAGCGUGGUGUGUGUUGCAUGUGAGGGUAGAGGGUGUGUGUAUAUGCAGCAGCACCGCAACAAGCUGGGGAAGACCACUCUCGGUAACACGUUUGGUGACGACGACUCUGGGAAAUCACGAUAUCUGCAACACCUAUGUAGUGGUGCUGUCAGUGUUAAACAGAGGGCAAUCAAUGAAGCGGGUCAGGCAUGGGGCAUUGAGUGCUUAAGAUACGAAAUCCGUGACAUCUCGCCUCCGCCUGGAGUGCGGGCAGCCAUGGAGAUGCAGGCUGAGGCGGAGAGGAGGAGGCGUGCACAAGUGCUCGAGUCAGAGGGCGACAGGCAGGCGAACAUAAACAUGGCAGAGGGGCGCAAGACGGCAGUCAUCCUCGAAUCAGAGGCCGCCAUGUCAGACCAGAUGAACCGAGCCAAGGGAGAGGCGGAGGCAAUAGUCGCACGUGCGAGGGCAUCAGCGGAGGGCAUUGAUGUGCUGGCCAGAGCACUCAUGGCUGAAGGCGCCACCCAGGCCGCAAGCCUGCGAGUGGCAGAGCAGUACGUGGCAGCGCUGGCGAAUUUGGCCAAGCAGGGAACAACAGUGCUGCUGCCGAGCAACGUGGGCGACCCCUCCUCCAUGGUAGCUCAAGCACUGGCUAUCUAUAAGACCGUGUCCGGUUCCCCUACAGGUGUGACUGUACCGAGCGCCCCUACCGAUGUGACUGUAUCCGGUGACGCUGUAACAGGUGGAGCGGGCGCUAGUGCGAGUGAGCCGAGGAAAGCCGGACACGUAGGGUCGCAGUCGCAGGAGAAGGAUAGAGAGGUGGGGGCUGUGAGUAGGGUGAAUGGUAGCGAGGCGGUGGAAGGUGGUGGUCGGGCUGCAGAGUCAGUUCUAGACCUCCUCUCCGUCUACUCUUUCCUUCGCUCUUUCAGUCAGCAGCUGUUCCUCAGCCCGUUCACCCUAGACCAGUUCUGCCACGCCCUCACCACCUCGCGCGCCAGCCCACUAAUAGACAGCAUCCACGUGGCGCUGCUGCGUGUGGUGGAGUACGAGCCUCCGUCAGCAGCGACGGGAGAAGGCGGUGGAGGGGGCGCGGGAGGCGCGGGGGGCGCGGGAGGAGUGGGAGGUGCGGGAGGGGUGGGACCAAAGAAGCAGGACGAUUGUGGGAGUCUGCAUCACAGGGAGCUGGACAAAGCAUCUCUAGAUGAAAUCACGUGGCCGGAGUUUCUCCUCCUCCUCCUCGCCUCCCGCUCGUCCUCCCGCCCCAACAGCCGCAGGCUCGGCCACUCCGCCCUGUCUUCCUGCGACUACUACCUCCUCCCCGCCUCCACUAAGAUCGACUUCCUCUCACUCCUCUGCGACGAGGCUUUAAGCAGCAGCGUGAGGGUGCGACUAGAGAUAGAGCGCAGGCAAGGGGAGCUGGAAAGGAGAUAUGCGCUGGCAGGGGUUGGUAUGGAGGAGGAAGAGGAGAAUCUAGAGGAUGUGCUUGCGCCAGUGGAAAGGCAGGGAAGGAGGAGGAGGGGGCGGAGGGGAGGAGGAGGGGAGGAGGAUGACGAGGGGGAUUUUGGGCAGGUGGGGUAUCAGAGCCUUGGGAUCUCCGCACUUGCUGCUGCUGGGGUGCCGUCGGGUAUGGCGGGGUUAUCAAUGGUAGGGACAGGUACUGGUGGUGUUGCUGGGUCAGCAGGUGCGGGAGAUGAGCUGGCAGACGGGAACGCGGACGAGUGUAAGCUGUGCGGAAUGGAUGGCAAUCUGAUAUGCUGUGACGGCUGUCCGGGAGCGUUUCAUUCGCGCUGCGUGGGAGUGGUGGCAGCAGCACUGCCGGAUGGGGACUGGUUCUGUCCAGAGUGUGAUAUGAAGAGGAGGGCGGGCGAGGUGCUGGGUGCAGUGGUGCCGGAGGGGAUCAGAGGGGAGCAUUUGGGGGAGGAUCAGCACGGCCAGGUCUACUAUGGCUCCUGCGGCCGUGUUGUCGUGUCGGAAGAACGCCACAAUGGUUCCCACGUGGUGGUGUAUUACAGCCCUGCAGACAUCCCCCGUCUGCUGCACCAUCUCUCCGCCCUGGGCCCUGCCUUUGCUGCUGUUCAUGAGGCUGUUGCAGCGUUCGUUCGCUCCGAACUGCCGCAGCUGGAGGCACCUGAAAGUGAUGCUGAGGCACCUGAAGAUUGUGUGGAGGCACCUGAAGGCGAUGUUGAGGCACCUGAAGGCGAUGUUGAGGCACCUGAAGGCGAUGUUGAGGCACCUGAAGGCGAUGUUGAGGCACCUGAAGGCGAUGUUGAGGCACCUGAAGGCGAUGUUGAGGCACCUGAAGGCGAUGUUGAGGCACCUGAAGGCGAUGUUGAGGCACCUGAAGGCGAUGUUGAGGCACCUGAAUGCGAUGUUGAAGCACCUAAAGGCGAUGUCGAGGCAGCUGAAGGGGAUGGGGAGGCACCUGAGAACAAUGCUGGACGGCUGCAAAGUGCAUCUGACGUGGAGAUGCCGGAAGGGGAUGCUACUGAAGGGGAUACUAAUAAGGUAGAGGAGCCAGUGGAAGGGGCUGCUGCUGCUAUAGGUGAAGAUGACGGGGAUGUUGCUGAGGUUAAGGCGGAAGAAGAUGGUGCAGUAGAGAUAAAGGCGGGGGAAGGGGGUGCAGCCGAGAUAAAGGCGGGGGAAGAAGCUAUAGUCGAGAUUAAGGGGGAGGAAGGGGGUGGAGCCGAGACAAAGGCAGAGGAAAAAGCCACAGCCGAGGUAAAGGGGGGGGAAGGAGGAAUCGCUGAGAUGGUCACAGCAGAGGCGGCGGAGGGGGAUGGGGAGGAGGAGGGAAGACGGGAGGGGGAAAGACAAGAGGAUGUGAAGGUAGAAGAGGGAGCGAAUGAGGCUGGAGAGGGUUGUGUAGAUGGGAGUGCAGGUGGGGGCGCAGAGGCUGCAGAGGGAUACGAGGCUGUAGGGAAUGUUUCAGAAGAGGUUGGGGCGGCAGAUUUGACUGAACCAGCAGAGAUGGCGGUUGGGGCAGAGACGGUAACUGCAGGUGAUGUAGGAGCAGCGGUAGGAGGAAGUGGAAGGGCAGAAGGGGCAGAAGUGGCAGAGGCAGGAGAAGGUGGAAUGGCAGAAACAGGAGAAGCAGAAGCGGCAGAAAUAGGACAAGCAGAAGCGGCAGAAACAGGAGAAGCAGAAGCGGCAGAAAUAGGAGAAGCAGAGGCACAAGGAGAAGAGGAUCCUAUGCAGAUGGACCUCUCGUUUGUACUGAAGGAAUCUGAACAGCUCUUACCAGCAGAGGAAGCGACGGUUGAGGUGCAGCCAGGCACAGGAGAGGAGGCAGUAGAUGCUGCAGGAGGCGAAGGACCAGAAGUCAUACCGGAGAGCCAGUGGCAGCUAGCCGUGCAAACAAAUGAGGUGAAUCAAGCACAGCAGGCAGAGUGGUCAACGAGAGCAGAGAGGGCGGAGCAAGUGGAGCGGUCAAGAGAAGCAGAGCUCAUUGAGCCAUACACGAACCGCUACGCUUUGGGGGAGGUAUCCUCAGCUCUAGCCCUCGCCCUCUGCUCCGCCACCGAAGCAGCAGCACAGGAGGCGGAGAGGAGAGGCACAGGAGGCAGCAGAGACGAGGAUGAUUCAGAGCACAGAACCAGGCGGUCUGGUCGGCGGUCUAAGGGGCUUAUGUCUGUAACCGAGCAGAUGAGAGUGUUCGCGAAAUGCAUGCCUGCUGGUUAUUGGCCGAUGUCUGCUGUUUUUUCCGGCCGCGUUGGGGCGGCAGGGGCAGCAGCAGGCGCAGGGGCUAGAAACUCUGCUGCUGCUGCAGCGGCGGCGGCUUUCAAGGAGCGUUGUGGGUGGUGUGCGCAUUGCCAGUCGGCUCAUAGGAAAUACUGCCUGCUUGUCUCCGCUGCGCGUGCUGCCUCUGCGACUGCUACUGCUGCUGCGGCUGUUGGGAACGUCCGGGCUGCCAGUCAGCGCAGGCUCGGGGGAGGUCCGGCGGGAGGCUUGGGGAAGGGAAGACUCGGGCUGGGUUUGGCAGGAGGGGAAGCGGGGGGAGGUGGGGAGGGGGGGAGAAUGAGGGGAGUGGGGGGGGGACUGGGAGGAGGAGUGCGUGGGGCGAAAGGGGAGGAAGAGUUAAGAGAGAGGGAUGGGAGGCUGGAUGCUGUAGUCACACGGUUGAUGUACCUGGAAGGGCAGCUGCACCCUCUGCUGGAAGGCCCUUGGAACGAUUUCAACUGGCGCCAGCACUGGCGGCAGCGUGCAGUGCAAGCCACGUCUCUACUCCAAGCGAAGCAACUUAUAAAGGAGGUGGCCCGCUCCCUCCGCACCGUCGCCCUCUCCUCCCAUUGGUCGGCAGAACCAGAGCCACCCGCUCCCCUUCCAACCAGCCUCCCGUUACAAGCACACCCAGUGCCUGUCGCCCCUGCUGCUGCCCCCCGCCCCUCUGGUCGAAGGCGAAAGUCACAAGGAGGGAGAGGAGGGGCAGGGAGCGGGUUUGGAGGAGGGAGGGGAGGAGCAGGGGCAGGCGGAUUCAAGAAGCUCCCAGGGUUGCUGUACGGAGUGCCAUUCACCAGCCGCCGAGGGGUGCCAGUGCGAUCAGAGAAGGUGGCGUGGGAGGCGAGGGUGGAUGCUGCCCACUCCGUGGCCCACCUCGCCCUGCAGCUGCGAUCACUGGAAGGGCUUAUUAGAUUAGACCAGAUCAACACCGCCGCCGGUCCCCCCACUGUUGCCGUUCCUGCCGCUGCCGCCGCUGCUGUAGCUUCUGCUGCUGCUGCUGCGCGUGCCGCCGCUGGUGGUGGUGGUGGUGCUGCUACUGCUGUUUAUGGGGAUGGUGAUGACGUGGAGGAGAGCUGGGUCUCGUUGUGUGACGUGGCGUCGCGUGAUUCGUUCGUUCUGGAUAAGGACUUUCGGCCUCCGUUUGUGAAAGGGAGGAGGUGGAAGGCGGAGAGGGGGGUGGAGUAUUUGGUAGUUGUGAAGAGUGAGGAGGAAAGGGAGGAGGGGGAUGAGGAGGAGGAGGAAGAGUGUGACUCGGAGGAGGAGAGGAAGAGGAAGAAGAAGAGGGCGAGGGAGAGAUUGAAGGCAUGGAGGAGGAAGAAGAGAGAGGUGAUUGAGGGAGUGGGGGCGGGGGAAGGGGUCAAGGAGUGGAAAGGGAAGGCUUUGGUUAAACAUGAAGUGGAAAAGAUCAAAGAGGAGACGGUUAGAGAGGAGGUGGUUAAAGAGGAGUUGGAGACGGUUGGAAAGGUAGAGGCGAAGACCAGGGGGAGUGAAAGGAAGGAGGAUGUGGAAGUGAAGGGAGUGGGAGUUAAGGAGGAAAGGAAGGAAGAGGUGAGGGAAGUAGCAGUUCAGGAGGGUUUGGGGGCAGAGAGGGAGGCAAAGCGAGUGAGAAGAGGGGAGGGGGGGGAAUGGGAGGCAGGGGGAGGAGGGGCAGUGGGAGGGGAGGGAGGUGCAGGCGGAGUGAGGGCAGAUCCUGGAAAUAAUGGGACUCAAGGAACCGACGAGACACACGAGACACAUGGGACACAAGGGACACAGGAGACACAAUGGGGUGGUGAAACGGUGGAUCUGUCUCAGGAAGACGAGGAGAAGGAUCGCUGUAACGCUGCUGGUGAGAGCGCUGGCGGAGAGGUGAGCGUUGACGACGAGGCGAACCCUUGGAAACGAAGGAGGAAGGCAGGUGGGAAGGACGGGAAUGUGGCUGCCGAAAUGGGGGACGCUGGGGAGGGGGCGGAUGGGGAUAAGGAAGCGAAUGGAGGAUGCAUGGGAGAUGAAGAUGGAGGGGGAGGGGAUGGUGAAGAGAGGAGCGAGGGAGGGAAGGAGGAGAGUGAGGAGGAGGAGGAGGAGGAGGAGGAGGAGGAGGAUGAAGAGAGGGACGAGGAUUUGUUUGAUAUGGUGGAAGGGAGCACGGGAGUGAAGGAGGCAGGGAAGGAGGGAGGCGUGCAAGGAGAGGGUAAGGCAGGGAGGAAGCGCAAGCGGGAGCUGAAGCCAGAAAUCAUUCCUGAGGGCAGCCGGAGAAUCACGAGGAGCCGAGUGAAGGAGGAGGAGGGCGGGGCGAAGAAGGGAGUGGGAGAGAAGGGGAGAGCUGAUGGGAAGUCUGCGGAUGGGGAUGUGGUGAAGGGAAGAAAAGGUGGGGCGAAGGGUGGUGUAAAGGCAGGGAAGAAAGGGAAGGAAGAGGAGGAAGAGGAGGAGGAGGAAGAAGGUGUGGUGAUGGUGAAGGAAGACGAGGAGGAGGAGGUGGAGGAGGUGAAGGAGGAGGGGGAGGAGAAGGGUGAGAAGGGUGGGAGAGGAAGAGCGGUUGGGGGCAGAGGAAAGGCUGCAGAUGUUGCUGAUGGGAACAAGCUGCGGCUUGCAGAGAAAGAGGAGAAAGAGGAGAAAGACUAUGAACAAGUAGUAGGGAAGGUAGAGAGGAAGAUUGAAAAGAUGAGAGGAGAAGUGCAGGAGGUAGAGGAAGUGGAGGAGAGUGACGAGGAGGGGCAAGAGGAUGACGAGGAGGAGGAAGAUGAAGAUGGGGGAGUGUGGGUGCCGGAGAGACUCGUUCCUUUGGAGCUAAUCCGAGAGUUUGAGCACCGGAGGAGAACAGAGAUUUGGGAAGAGCAUGCGAAGCUGGUGCGAGCAGAGAGAGAGGCAGCAGAGGCUGCCGCCAGGGCCGUUAUUGUGAAGUACGUGAGGGAGAAGGGGUCAUUUAUCGUGCCUUUCCUCUGCCUUUCCUCUGCCUUUCCUCUGCCUUUCCUCUGCCUUUCCUCUGCCUUAUCCUCUGCCUUUCCUCUGCCUUUCCUCUGCCUUUCCUCUGCCUUUCCUCUGCCUUUCCUCUGCCUUUCCUCUGCCUUUCCUCUGCCUUUCCUCUGCCUUUCCUCUGCCUUUCCUCUGCCUUUCCUCUGCCUUUCCUCUGCCUUUCCUCUGCCUUUCCUCUGCCUUUCCUCUGCCUUUCCUCUGCCUUUCCUCUGCCUUUCCUCUGCCUUUCCUCUGCCUUUCCUCUGCCUUUCCUCUGCCUUUCCUCUGCCUUUCCUCUGCCUUUCCUCUGCCUUUCCUCUGCCUUUCCUCUGCCUUUCCUCUGCCUUUCCUCUGCCUUUCCUCUGCCUUUCCUCUGCCUUUCCUCUGCCUUUCCUCUGCCUUUCCUCUGCCUUUCCUCUGCCUUUCCUCUGCCUUUCCUCUGCCUUUCCUCUGCCUUUCCUCUGCCUUUCCUCUGCCUUUCCUCUGCCUUUCCUCUGCCUUUCCUCUGCCUUUCCUCUGCCUUUCCUCUGCCUUUCCUCUGCCUUUCCUCUGCCUUUCCUCUGCCUUUCCUCUGCCUUUCCUCUGCCUUUCCUCUGUCUUUCCCUCACGCAAUUGUUUUUAUUUCUUCCUCUUCCAAUCCGCCCUUCUCCUUCUGUUUUCCCGCUCUGCCUUCUUUCCCUGCACACUGCAGCGCGAAUCAGGUCUUCAUAUGCGUUUCCUGUAAAGUCAAUCAUCUUGUGGAGUGCACCCCUAAUAUCACACUCCCCUAAUAUCACACUCCCCUCCAUAUCACACUCCCCUCCAUAUCACACUCCCCUCCAUAUCACACUCCCCUCCAUAUCACACUCCCCUCCAUAUCACACUCCCCUCCAUAUCACACUCCCCUCCAUAUCCCACUCCCCUCCAUAUCACACUCCCCUCCAUAUCACACUCCCCUCCAUAUCACACUCCCCUCCAUAUCACACUCCCCUCCAUAUCACACUCCCCUCCAUAUCCCACUCCCCUCCAUAUCACACUCCCCUCCAUAUCCCACUCCCCUCCAUAUCCCACUCCCCUCCAUAUCCCACUCCCCUCCAUAUCCCACUCCCCUCCAUAUCCCACUCCCCUCCAUAUCCCACUCCCCUCCAUAUCCCACUCCCCUCCAUAUCCCACUCCCCUCCAUAUCCCACUCCCCUCCAUAUUCCACUCCCCUCCAUAAACCCUUUCCCCCCUCUCCCCAUCACAGCCUUGACCCAUGCCACAUGCCUCUCGCCUCCUGACCUCCUCCCUCCGGCCUUCCAAUCCGCCCCUCCCACGGAGCCAUCCCCAUCCCCAACACCGUCCCUUCCAUCCCUCCACCUCGUCUGCCUCAACUGUGCCCUCUCCAUCUCGCAACAAGACGCUACCUCUGCCACUGCUGCUGCUACCGAAGCCGCUGCUGCCGCCGAUGCUGCUGCCGCCGCCGCUGCUGCCUCUGCUUCCGCUUCUGCUGCUGCUGCUGGUGCGGCUGGUGUGGCUGGCGCUGCUUACGGUGAUGCUGCUGCUGCUGGUGGGGGUGGUGCUGGUGCCGGUGCCGCUGCUGCUGCUGCCGGUGCUGCUGCAGCAGCAGCAGAAGGGCAUGACGAUGAGCAGAAAAGGAGGCGGAGAGUUUUCCGGGCAGAGCACCCGGUUUGGACGCUGCCCGGAACUCCGGGCAACCGGCACACAGUCGCAGGAUACUAUUUCGCAACAGGAAAGGGCGACAAGGGCGAGAGGGAGAGACCGGAGGGAGAAAAGGGGCUUCAGCUGAAGUAUAUACCGUCAGGGCCAGGGGGGAGGAAGGCGAUGGGGGUGUAUGGGAUGGGGGAGGGAGCGGGAGUGGCGUGUCGGUUGUGCAAGGAGGGGUAUGACGAGAGCCGCUUCUACGUCGCCUGCAACUUCUGUGAUUCCUGGUUCCACGGCAACACGUUGCAGCUGGAUGAAAAGCUGGACAUUCCGAUCCUGCUCUACCUCAAGUGCACUCUUGCCUUGCUUCUUUCCGUUCCCCCACUUCCCUUUUAUCCUUCCGCUGCCUUCCCCCUUUGCUCAGCCUGGUUCCAUGGUGACACGCUACAGCUAGAUGAGAAGCUUGACAUUCCGAUCCUGCUCUACCUCACGUGCACUCUUGGCCUGACGCUCAAAAACACCCUUUUCGUCUCCCUUUUCCCUGCCUCCACCUUCUUGCCUCCCCUUUCCCCAGCCUGGUUCCAUGGUGAUACAUUACAGCUAGAUGAGAAGCUGGACAUCCCGAUACUGCUCUACCUCAAGUGCAACCGCUGCCCAGAGAACAUCGACCCGGAUUCGUUCUUCGACUCGCAGCCGACAGCAACAGGGGAUGGGCUGGGUGGGGCUGUGGCGGGGGCGGGGGCGGGGGCGGGGGCGGGGCUUACAGGAGGGGAAGCAUGGGGGGGAGGAGUAGGAGGCGGAGGGCAAGGGUGGGGCGGAGGAGGAUCAGGGGGAGGGGAUGGGGUGGAGAGUGGUGAGGAUGGGUCGUUCUGGAACAUCCCUUUGCCCACAGAUACGGAUCUGAUGGAUGGGGCAGCAAUGGAGGCACAGCUGAUGGGCUCUGCUGGGAUUGCCAUGGGUGGUGCUGCGACUGUUGCAUAUGCUGCUGCUGGUGCUGCUGAUGGUGGUGGUGCUGGUGCUGCUGGUGCGGGUGCUGCUGGUUCUGCUGCUGGUAGCUUCCCAGAUGGGAAAAGAGGAGGCACGGGAUUAACAGAGGCGGCAGCAGCAGCAGUAGCAGCCGCUGCAGCCGCCGCAACCGUAGGAGGAGCAGGAGGAGCAGGAGGAGCAGGAGGAGCGGGAGGGGUAGAGGGGUUAGGUAGGCGGUUGCGACCACGGAGGCCUCGGUCGGUAUCCCCUGUGGAUAAAGGGGAGGUUAUUAACGAGGCUGCUCAUCAGAAGAACAGUGCAGGCAGUGCCUUUAUUCCUUCAGGCCUGAACGUUCCUGGAAACCUCCCUGCGGGUCGAACAGUUUUGGUAGCAGGUCAGAUGGGCCCUUCGGUUCCUGUCUCUGGGUCUCCCAUGCUGGAAGCAGGCACAUGGCAAGCAGCGGGUGCAGGGGGGGCAGGGGGGGGCAGAAUGGGUGGGGUCUCUGGUGAUAUGAACACUUCUGUUGAAGCCCCGAUGGAAGCCCCGAUUGAAGCGCCGAUGGAAGCGCCAAUUGAAGCGGGGAUUGAAGCCUCGGUUGAAGUGCCGAUGACCCCGGGGCAGCUGGUAGCGCUGGUGGAGUCUCAGCUGCUGGCACAGGGGUUUGACCCUGCGAGUGCGGCUGCCGUGAUUGCUGGUAUGAACGAUGGGGACCCGAGCGCGCUUGCGGUCGUUUCUGCUGCCGUCAAGGCCAGCCAGGAAUGUGGGUCUGCCCAACAGGUGGGGGCAGAGCAGGUGGGGGCAGAGCAGGUGGGGUUGCAAGAGGUGGGGUUGCAGGAGGGUGUUGGUGCAGGGCAGGCAAGUUUGCAGCCGGGUUCUGCGGCUGCUAGACCACAAAGGCUGCGUUCUGCAGGCAUUUUCCGGGGAGGGGAGGAGGGGACGCGAGGGUGA